AUGGAGGCCAUGAUGGGGGAAUUCAAGCGAAUGUUUAAGAGUUCCAUUGAACCUUUGCAUGAAAGGAUUGACCAAUUGGAGAACUCUAGGCUACCACCUAAUUCGAGCAAGGGGAGAGAAUCAGCAUACUCAAAUGAUGAGGAGGAAGCGUUUGAGGGGAGAUACCAAACUGAUCAACGUACACAAAGGCGAAGAGAUGAUGUCAUUAAGGAUGUCAAACUCAAAAUUCCUUCCUUCCAAGGCAAGUCGGAUCCCGAGACUUACUUGGAAUGGGAAAGGAAGAUCGAGUUGGUCUACGAGUGCCACACUUACACGGAGGAGAAAAAGGCGAAACUUGCAGCCAUGGAGUUCACAGACUACGCCUUUAUUUGGUGGGACCAACUUCGACUUAGCCGAAGGAGAAACCGUGAGAGACCCGUGAAGACUUGGGAAGAGAUGAGGAGCCUAAUGAGAAAAAAGUUCAUGCCAAGCUACUAUAGCUGA